AUGAUGGAGCAUGAAGCAGCGAAAGCAACGGGCCGAGACCGGGGCCGAAAACGCAAGCUUAGUGGCGAGCAAAACGAAGAAGGGGCGACGAGCGAGCAAACAGCAAGUGGUUCCGGAGUAGUGGCCGCGGCUAUCAACAUCAGAACGCCCGAGACACAUGAUGCUAAUGAUUCGGACGAUUCGAACAGUUCCGGGAACCAAGCAUCAUCGUUUGACGGUGAUGAUUGCGAAGGUGCUGACGACGAGACCUCCGAGUCGGACGAAGAGGAAACUGCAUCGGACCGGGAGUUGCUGGACGACUGCCCUCAGCAGGUCGACUCUGCGCACGACCACCGUCUUGCGGACCAAGAAAGAGAGAUCAGAUCGAGCGACAUGGUGAGUUCGACCUGA